AUGCUGGCGUCCUCGAGAGCGAAUUGGGGGCCCUCAUGGGCCCCCGGGAGCCUGCGCGGGUUGAAGGCGGCGCCCCAGCUGCUCGUUCUGUUGGCACUGUCGUUCUUUGUGGUUGCCCACCGCGGUGUCGUGAGCGCACUAGAUGCAGAAGAAGGUGUGCAGGCGGACCGUCGUGUGUAUUCAGAGGAGCAGAAGGCAAGAGCGGCAGCGGAUCAGAAGGCAGUGAUGGAUAACGGGGCUGUUUCGCUGACGGAGGCCACUUACAACGAUUUCAUGGCUGCACACCCCCUGGCGUUAGUUAUGUUCUACGCGCCGUGGUGCUACUGGUCGCGUUCUGCUAUGCCUGAACUGGACGCAGCAGCGAAACUGCUGUCGCACCACGUGCCCCCGGUGGUCACUGCGAAAGUCGACUGCACAGACAACGAAGAUCUCUGCAACCAGGAGUACAUCCGAGAGUACCCGGCUAUUCGGCUAUACAUUGAAGGUGUGGGGCAUGUAUAUGAAGGGCGGCGUUACAGAAGCCACAUUCUUCACUGGGUGGACCUGAAGGUCGACCGCGACAAGCAACUGGUUUCUGCAGCGCAUUUGGAUGAGCUUGUGAGCAGCAGCAACAGCGACGGCAGAGGAAUUUCAGAAGACGGUCAUGUGGUGGUGGUGGCGGCCUUCCCUCCGGAUUACAACCGAAGUAGCUUUCAGGCGGUGGCAAGAGCCUUUGGGGAGGAGGUCUUGUUCGGUGACACUGCAGACCCCGAGCUCACAGCGCGCCUGGUGGAUAAACAUAUUCUGCCGCGCCUCCCCGAAGGGGAUAGAGGCAGCAUUGAGGUGUCUAGACAGCUGAAGCCACCCUUUGUUGUGGUAUUUGCGCCUCACAAAGACGAGGCCGGCGUGCACAUCUACAAGGGCCCCGUUGGCGAGGUGAAGGAGCUGCGUGCAUUCGUGCGGCAGUGGCUGUUUCCUGUGGUGUCUCUGUUUGAUGCAGAGACCAUCGGCAGCAACUUCUUUAGUGACGUGCGACCCAAGCUGCUGCUGCUGCUUGACACGAGCAAACAGGGGGAGCAGCUGAAGGAGGUGGGUUUGCCCGAUCCAAAGGACCCUCUAAUUUCUGCAUUCCGUGCGGUGGCGGAGAAGCACCGCAUAUCUGUUGCUGCGGCGGUUUCUGGAAACAGCAAGAAUUUCGAGAAGCAGCUCAUGAACCUCCUCGGCGUCGAGGAUGAGACACUGCCCCAGGUGCGCAUCAUGCAGGUUAGCCGCAACCUGGAGGGGCCCCAGCAUCCUGCAAAGAAGUACAGGCCCCCCUACCCCCUUCCUGCUGCUGAUCAUGGGAAGCAAGCGCUUGAAGAGAUGAUGGAUACCUUUGUUUCGGAGGUGCUGGCGCACACGCUUUCCCCAUACUUCAGAUCUGAGACGCCUCCAGAAGUUCCCGAACCUAGAGGCCGGGUCCGUACCCUGGUGGCCUCGACGUUUGCAACGGAGGUGCGGAAAGAACCUAACGUGCUGGUGGAGUUCUACGCUCCCUGGUGCGGCUUCUGCAGGAAGAUGGAGCCCGCCUACAAGGAGCUCGCGAUGCGCGUAGCGGAGGUUCCUGGUUUGCUGAUUGCUCGCAUCGAUGCCACGCGAAAUGAAGUCGACGGCGUCGCCAUUGCUGGCUACCCUACUCUGUAUCUGUACAGGAAGGGAGACAAGGAGCCCCUACUGUAUGCAGGAGACAGAAGCACACGAGACAUGCUUAAGUGGCUUAGUCUCCGCGUUCGGGGCAUUUCUUCCUUCGACCCAGACGAGCUGAUGAGCAGAGAUAUCGCUAACCCCAACGAAAAAGUCUCCGCGUCAGUCCUCGAGGAACUUUAA